AUGGCUACACAAGUACCACCAAAGCAUCGUAACGCUUUGAGGGUACUUAUGUUUCCGUGGUUAGCUUAUGGACACAUCUCUCCAUUCCUCGACUUAGCUAAGAAACUCGCGGACAGUGGAUUCUCUGUCCGCGUUUGUUCUACAAUUAUAAGUCGAGAAACUAUAAAUAAACAAAUCCCUGAAAAAUACUCUGCUUCAAUUAAGAUGGUUGAGCUUUGUUUACCAAAAUUACCUAAACUUACGACGAAUGAAAUCCCAGUUGAUAUGGAUCACAUUGUUCUAAAUACACUCAAAUUGUCCAAAUCCAACUUCGCGAAAAUCUUGAAAAAUCUGAAACCUGAUUUGGUUAUUUACGACUUAUUAUUGCAAUGGGCUGAAGGCGUAGCGAAUGAACAGGGGAUUCCAGCAAUGAAAUUCGUAGUUAUGGGUGCAGCGGUGUUUUCAUACUUUUAUAAUUUGAUAAGAAAACCCGAGGUUGAAUUCCCUUUUCAGGAUAUUUAUCCUGGAAAAAAUGAGCUGAUGAGACUGAAUGAAUUGAUUGCGAAAUCUUCUAGAGAGGAAGAACAUGAUGAUGUUGAUGAUCCUUUUGCUGAAGGAAAUAUACAAAUUAUGUUGAUGAGUACCUCUAGAACUAUAGAGGGUAAAUAUAUUGAUUAUUUCACUAAAUUGAGUAAUUGGAAAGUUAUUCCUGUUGGUCUACCAAUAAAAAAUCGCGUAACUAAUGACGUGGAUAACGUGGAGAUUAUUGAUUGGCUAGGAACAAGAGAUGAGAAUUCAACUAUUUUUGUGUCAUUUGGGAAUGAGUAUUUCUUGUCAAAAGAAGAAAUGGAGGAAUUAGCUUUUGGGUUGGAGUUAAGUAAUGUUAAUUUCAUAUGGGUUGUAAGAUUUCCAGAAAGGGAAAAGCGAAAUCUUGAAGAUGUAUUGCCAAAAGGUUUUCUUGAAAGAAUUGGAGAAAGGGGAAGAGUUUUGGACAAAUGUGUGUUACAAUCAAGAAUUUUGAAUCAUUCAAGUAUUGGUGGAUUUAUAAGUCCUUGUGGUUGGCAUAAUGUAAUUGAAUGUUUAGAUUUUGGGGUUCCUAUAAUAGCAAUGCCUAUACAUCUUGAUCAACCUAUGAAUGCUAAGUUGAUGGUAGAAUUGGGAGUCGCGGUGGAGAUUGUUAGAGAUGAUGAUGGGAAAAUUUAUAGAGAAGAAAUCGCGGAAACUCUUAAAGGUGUCGUAACAAGGGGGAAUUUGAGGGCAAAAGUUAGAGAUGUCAGCAAAAAUUUGAAAUCUAUAGGAAAUGAAGAGAUAGAUGGAGCUGCUAAAGAGCUAAUUCAACUUUGUAAGAUGUAG